UGAAAAAAUGUAUCUCUUCGGCUCAAAGGGGAGAUUUGACACAUUAGUGAGAAACCUUAUGCUUCCAAGCUUUGCACAGGAGAGCGAAACAAAGGUGAUUUGACUAAUGAAACAAUCAGAGAGAAUCCAACGCCUGGGAGUUGUACAUAUGUGUGACAGGCAGGGAGCCCUCAGAGAUCGCCCGAUAUCAUUUAUAGAAAUCCCAGCAGGGCGAUUUCUGCCUUGAACCGGACAGAUUGCAGUUCCCAGGGGGAAGUAGAGGCAGGAAAGGGGAUUCUUACAAGGCUGUUAAAAUCAUCUCAAUAAACCUGAUGGUUUUUAAACGAGUGCGGCCGCCCCAAUGAGAAGAAUCGCAGGGAGCCCUGAUUUAUUCCUGCCUGUCCCAGCUGCAGGAUGGACAGCUCUCAGCCCAAGCACUGACCCCUUUCCCACAAACUUCCCAAUCACAAACUACUCCCAAACUAGCUUGUGCCUUUAAAGGUAAAUGUAUGGCUGGGUGCCUCUCACAUGCUCCGUGCAGGUUCCUGCUCCCUCCUCUAAUCUCUCUUAGAUCGUUUUUGCAUGUGUUGUGUGACAGCAGGGGAAAGGCAGUGGGUUGAGCCUGCCUGUUCUUCUCCCAUUGUCAGUGGAUGGAAAAACCUGUCUGAGAGAUCCUGUGUCAUCUCUCUGCAUGUGGACAGGAAAAGUCCGUGUAGCUGCUCUCCGGGCUGCUCUCCUUCCUCUCCCCCUCUCCCCUCUCUCUCCCUGUCCUUUCCUUUCAUUCAGCUGCCACACAGCGACUGAAGCACACACAGACCAGGAUUAGUUUCUCCGACCGGUCAGCAAAGCAGGAGCUUAGAUGAAACGGAUGGAUCUAUAAGCUCCAGCGCUGCAGCCUGCUUCAUUGCUGCCUUUGCACACACAACAGUUGUGCCUCAUUAUCCACUGCCUGAUUCAUUAUUUCCCUACAACGCCUGAACUUUCCAAUUUUUCUCCCUUCGCCUGUUUUUUUUCUUUUCUUUUUUUUUUUUUUUUUUUACAAGCAGAGAGGAUGAAGUCUGGAUUCCCUGAAUUUAUUAAAUGAAACCGACCUGAGUCACCUGUUACCCUCAGGUCUUUCUCCUUUUCCCUUUUUUUAUUUUAAUUUCCCCCCAGAUUUGUUGGACUUGCACUCACUGCAGCAUAAAGCACCAGACUGGGGAAAGGACCUUAGGGAUCUGCUUGUACCUCAGCAUGGGCUCUCCGACCUGGAUUGCAUUUCUUUUCUUGGGAGUAUCAUUAACAACAAGGCUGAACUGUCAGAAUGUCAAAAAUAACGUGCCAAGGCUCAGAUUGUCCUAUAAAGAAAUGUUGGAAUCCAAUAAUUUAAUCACAUUCAAUGGCUGGCCCAACAGUUCAAGCUACCAUACUUUUGUGUUAGAUGAAGAACGGGGAAGACUUUAUGUUGGGGCAAAGGAUCACAUAUUUUCGUUUAACCUGGCAAAUGUCAAAGAAUUUCAAAAGAUACUGUGGCCUGUAACAAACAUCCGAAGGGAUGAAUGCAAGUGGGCUGGAAAAGAUAUUAUGAAAGAAUGUGCAAACUUCAUCAAAGUCCUUAAGGUUUACAAUCACACACACUUGUAUGCUUGUGGAACUGGAGCCUUUCAUCCAGUCUGUACCUAUAUUGAUGUUGGCAAUUACCCAGAGCAGGAUAAUAUUUUUAAAUUAGAAGAUUCGUUUUUUGAAAAUGGCAGAGGAAAGAGUCCCUAUGAUCCAAAGCUUUUGACAGCAUCCAUUUUAAUAGAUGGGGAGCUGUAUUCUGGAACUGCAGCAGAUUUUAUGGGAAGAGAUUUUGCCAUUUUCCGCACGCUUGGAAAUCAUCAUCCAAUUAGGACUGAGCAGCAUGACUCCAGAUGGUUAAAUGAUCCAAGGUUCAUUGGUGCUUAUUUAGUACCAGAAAGUGAUAAUCCAGAAGACGAUAAAGUUUAUUUCUUUUUUCGUGAAAAUGCCAUAGAUGGUGAACACACUGGAAAAGCAACACAUGCACGGAUUGGACAGCUAUGCAAGAAUGACUUUGGAGGCCACAGAAGCUUAGUUAACAAAUGGACAACUUUUCUCAAAGCUCGACUGAUUUGUUCAGUGCCUGGUCCUAAUGGCAUUGAUACUCAUUUUGAUGAACUACAAGAUGUGUUUUUGAUGAACUCAAAAGAUCCGAAAAAUCCUGUUGUUUACGCUGUAUUUACAACCUCAAGUAACAUAUUCAAAGGGUCAGCAGUCUGUAUGUACAGCCUGGCAGACAUAAGAAGAGUUUUUUUGGGUCCUUAUGCUCAUAGAGAUGGUCCAAAUUAUCAGUGGGUGCCAUUCCAAGGAAGGGUUCCAUACCCUCGACCUGGAACUUGCCCUAGCAAGACUUUUGGUGGUUUUGACUCGACAAAGGAUCUCCCCGAUGAAGUUAUUAUGUUUGCACGAAGUCACCCAGCUAUGUACAAUCCUGUUUUCCCUAUCAACAAUCGUCCAAUCAUAAUAAAAACGGAAGUGGAUUAUCAAUUUACACAAAUAGUGGUGGAUCGAGUGGAAGCUGAAGAUGGUCAAUAUGAUGUCAUGUUUAUUGGAACAGAUAUGGGGACCGUUUUGAAAGUAGUUUCUGUUCCCAAGGAGACCUGGCAUGAUUUGGAAGAAGUUCUACUGGAAGAAAUGACUGUAUUUAGGGAGCCAACUGCUAUUUCAGCCAUGGAGAUUUCUACAAAGCAACAACAACUAUACAUUGGCUCGUCAGUGGGUGUUUCCCAGCUCCCACUACACCGCUGUGAUGUUUAUGGAAAAGCAUGUGCUGAGUGUUGCCUUGCCAGGGACCCCUAUUGUGCUUGGGAUGGAUCUUCAUGCUCACGCUACUUUCCUACUGCUAAAAGACGUACUAGGCGCCAAGAUAUCAGGAAUGGGGAUCCUCUUACACAUUGUUCAGACCUACAGCAUCAAGAUGAUCCUCAUAGACAAAGCCUAGAAGAAAAGAUUAUCUAUGGUGUGGAGAACAGUAGCACAUUCUUGGAAUGCAGCCCUAAAUCACAGCGGGCCAUAGUAUUCUGGCAGUUCCAGAAGCAAAAUGAAGAAAAGAAGGAAGAGAUAAAAGUGGAUGAACGCAAAAUAAAGACAGAACAUGGUCUUCUUCUGCGCACUCUAAAGAAGAGAGAUUCAGGAAUAUACUAUUGCAGUGCCGUAGAACAUGGCUUUAUGCAGACCCUGCUCAAAGUAACUCUGGAAAUUAUUGAUACAGAACAUUUAGAUGAGCUUCUUCACAAAGAAGAUGAAGGAGAUAGCCACAAACACAAAGAACCCUCAAACAGCAUGUCUCCAACUCAAAAAAUAUGGUAUAGAGACUUUAUGCAGUUAAUUAACCACCCAAAUCUUAACACAAUGGAUGAAUUCUGUGAGCAAGUGUGGAAAAGGGACCGCAAACAACGUCGGCAGAAAAAUGGAAAUGUCCAGGUUAGCAACACCAAAUGGAAGCACCUACAGGAAAACAAAAAGGGUAGAAAUAGGAGGACCCAUGAAUUUGAGAGGGCACCAAGGAGUGUCUGAUUUGCAUUACCUCUUCAAACCUGAGUAGGAUUUGUAUUGACAUUUAACUGGAAAAAUGCAAUAUUCGUGAACCUUUCUAUGGCAUUAUUUGGAUGUUUACAAGGUUGGGAGCUCACACAAUUUCACAACCGUUCAAAAUCAAAUACAUUAGGAGUUUUCCAAAUAGACUUAGUUUACAUCAUAACAAAAAAAAAUUCAAAUUGAAAAGACAAUGCAGCUCAGCUUGUUUUGCCAUUUACGUGGCAUUUCUGAUUGAGUGGUGGUGGUGUUCUUCCUAUCCAAUGAGAAAUAUUUCAUUUAUCACCCUGUUACCAAAAUAAAAACGGAAUGACAUAUGUCAGCCUUGCACACCAUUAUGGAACUACAAACCUUACUGCUCAUCCAUCUUAUAACGAUGACACCCCGACAUGGAUACAUGAAUUUAUUUUUUGUAACAGGACAUACAACUUAUUUGUAUUAGACAAUGGGACAACGUGAAUAUAUACCAGACACAACUGCAACAAUAAAAUGUCCACCAUUCAGCAAACAAGUGGAGUUUACUGAUCUACUACUGAUGUCUUCUACCAGCUUUGAUCUGAAGUUUUAUUUUGCUAAAAUAUAAAUUAAAUGUACCUUUACAAAUAUGUAGUAAAUGUUACUUCUUUUUUUUUUUAUAA